UACCGCACCCUCGUCCCCCUUCCCUCUCCCCUCCAAGAACACACCGUCGUUGCCCUCCCCCCCUCCAUCUACCUCCUCGGCGGCAUCGACGGCCCCUCCAUCAAAUCCGCCGUUCACCGCUACUCCACCCCCACCAAUACCUGGUCUCUCGCCCCUCCACUCCCCAUCCCCCUCCACCACCCCAACGCCAUCGUCACCAACUCCUCUAUCUACCUCUUCGGCGGCAUCCUCGACCUCUUCCGCUGGGCCGCCUCCGCCUCAUCUUGGAAAUACACCCCGUCCGACCCCUCCCCCUCCUGGCAAAAGCUCGCCGACUUCCCCAACCCCCGCGGCAGCUGCGUCGUUGGCGUACACAACGGGAAGAUCUGGGCUGUCGGCGGCCUGGGCCCCGCACAGCUGGGCGGCGGCCGCGCGGCGUCGACGAUGGUCUCGAGCUAUGAUAUCGCAGAGGAUACGUGGACGACGCACGCGGAGCUGGCGCUGCCGGAGGGGAGGGACCAUGCCGGGGGCGGAGUGGUGGGGGACACGCUGUAUGUGGUGGGCGGACGGGUGGGGACGAUCGCGUCGGUGCGGGACACGGUGUAUGCGCUUGAUUUAGGGGGGUUGCCGGGGGCGCGGUGGGUGGAGAAGCGGAAGAUGGGGGUGGCCAGGGGGGGGAUCGCGGCGGCGGUGGUGGAGGGGAAGAUAUUUGCGUUUGGGGGGGAGGGGAACGUGGAGAGUGAGAAGGGGGUGUUUGGGGAGGUGGAGGUGUAUGAUACGGUGGGGGAUACGUGGGUGGAGGGGGAGGCGAUGAGGGUUCCUAGGCAUGGAUUUGGGGCGGCGGUGAUUGGGGAGUCGGUUUAUUUGCCAGGGGGUGGGGGGACAGAGAAUGGG